AUGUGGCCACCAACAUUGGUUUCUCAACAACCAGAGAAAGUCUUGAAAUGCUUCUUUUACAUCUCCUUGUUCUAUCAAAAUGGAUGCUCCAUUGAUGGAGAUUCCUUGAUAGAAGAGUAUUGGAGGUCGGAGGGCUUUUUCGAUGGAUCCUUCAAUGAGGAGGAGAAUAAAGAAGCGGCUUUAAAGAUACUGGGGAAUAUACUACUCAAAGAGCUCACAAAGAGAUGCAUGGUGCUAUUGUCCCUGGUGUCAUCAAACCCAAAUUACCUACUCUCCUAUCUAAAGAGGUGGGGAAAUUAUUAUUGGAGAGACUUACCAAAAGCUCAAUCUAUGGAAAGGGAAUUUAUGGUUUGGCUACAAGAGCAAUUUACAAUGGAGGGAUCUUCAGGAGGACAAUAUCAUGUGGAUAUGAAUUCCUGGCUAAUGGAAGUGAUUGGUUCUCAGACGUUCCUAGUGAAGUACAGCUUAGAUAGCGAAGAAUCAUGCCAAUGGAUCUCAUUAUCCAAUAAUCAGGUAGAAACACUCCCAAUCCGCUCUCCAAAUCGCCCUCUUCUCUCAACAUUGUUGCUAAAAAACAAUGAUCAUUUGCAAGAAAUCCCGGAUGGUUUUUUCCAGAACAUGACCAAACUCCGAGUCCUCGACAUUUCUUUGACAAGCAUCACUUCCCUGCCCUCGUCCAUGUCCUGCCUAUGUGAAUUACGGUUGUUGAAGCUUCAAAGCUGCUGCAAGCUAGAGGCUCUUCCUUCAUUCUUAAAGGAUAUGCAGAAGCUCGAGAUCCUCGAUCUCCAUCAAACUCCCUUGACGAAGAUGGUGGAGGUAUCCUUCCACAACAUGCAAAGCCUCCGAUGUCUCAACAUCUCAGGUGCCUGCAACCUCAGCCGGCUCUCGCUCAAGGGUUGUCGAUCUCUAGUGAGACUGGUCAGCCUAGAUAAACUUUCAAAACUUGAGGCACUUGAUCUUUCAAGCACGAAAAUGGAAGAGCUUCCACACGAAAUUUUCAAUCUGACUAGCUUGCGGUGCCUGGACCUGUUGGGAAUGGAGCAUCUCAAGACGGUUGACUGGAGAAAGAUAUAUCAGCUUCCAGAAAACUUGAAUUGGGAUCGAUGUGGCUUGAACUUGCUGCAUGAGCAGCUCCAAGACAGCAGCAGUCGUCACAUCUCUGUCGGUGAUGCAAGUGUUUUUGAGUCUUUGGACGAAAGCUCGAAACUGUGGAAAUCCUGCUUUCAAAAAUUCCAUUUCUUGGUCUGUCCCUGUGAGGGAGGGCACAAGGAUAGAGAUCGUGAUUUUAAAAGAAACCGAUUUUUCUACCAGCGUAUUUAUACUCGAUUUGAGCAGUCUUUGAGUUAUGAAAGACAACUGGAGGUUUGCGGUGGUAAGAAUUCCCUAGACGGUGUUAGAGGGGUUCUCUCAGUGACAGAAUUCUUUCAUUUGUAUGGCAAUGCGUUCAUUAAGGCACUGUCCAAUCUUGGCAUGGAGAUGGACAACCUUAAAGAAUGUUGGAUUGAGAAAUGCCAUCAACUGGAGAUUCUGUUCGUUGGAAGAAUGGCAGACAUUGAUGCAGCAGUUUGUUUAGAAAAUCUAAGGGUGUCAGAUCUUGCCAAAUUAAGAACAAUACUGGAGAACGUCUUUGAAGAAGACCGCCUGGCAGGGCAAAAUGCAUUUCCACAACUAGUUGAUUUAUGUCUUUGGAAGCUACGCAAACUGAAAAGCAUUUGUGGUGGGCACUUGCCGAUGCUGAAGAAGUUGAAGAUUCGAGGAUGCCCGCUGCUGGAGAAGCUUCCUCUCCAUAACACAAAUGCUUCUGCAGCAGAAGUCAAGAUUGAAGGUUUCAGUUAUGUUCCCUAA